AUGCUUGCAAUAAAUUCAUUUUUCUGUACUCUGAGCUUUUCUGCUCUUGUAUUGGGCUCACAAGUCGAAAUCGAUAGCGGAAUGUCCUUUCCCACUGAAGUGUUAUCUAAUAUGCACUGGCAAACCGAUUUUGGCAGUUCUCACACUGUCAAUACUGCCUCGAAAGGUAUCUAUUCUCUCUGGAAUGCUGAUAUGGAUGUCUUCAUUAAUAAGACUGAGCUGCAACUUUUAAAAAUAUAUGCGUUGGACUCAACUCUUGGCAUCGCCGAAGAGGUCUUUUUACAGUGUCAGUCACUCAAGAUACUAAGUGACGAUAUACUGCAUGGUUUAGGCGGGACCGAAUGGGAGCCGGUGAGACAGUAUUAUAGCCAUAUUCUCAAGAUCCAAAUACGAAGUUUCGACAGUGACGUGGGAAUGAGCUUUUCUGAUGCCACGAAAAAGUCCGAUCAGCUCGUGCGAAAACUAAAACAACUCACCACAAUGUUACGAGAAUUAUCGGUGCUUGUCGAGAACAAAUUCGCACCGAUGGAGCCCAAUUAUGAGCCAGAUCUGAUCGGCAUAGCAUUUUCUCUUGAUGAGCUGACUGUUGGCCGUAUCAUUGGCGAGGGCAUCGCCAAGAAAGUGGAAGGUCUAGUAGUCGGGGGCGACCUUCACGCUGCGAUCACAGAAGUUGCCAAUAUUUUUGGCGAUCUUGGAACGCUUGUCACUGCUUAUGUCACUGGACUCGCCCUCUGCACUUCUGGUCUCGCCUUCGCGAUGUGUGGUGUCUCGAUUCUACUCUGCGGGGGUGGCACCGUGAUUUUUAUUUGCCGUCUAUUCCAGCAUUUGCAAAAAGUCUUUAAAGUUAUGGGAUGGUGA